CCCAAAGCAGUUCAGUGUAUUCAUUGGUGCCAGAUGAACAGAUCAGUGUUCAAAGUAGUGUUGGUACUGAGGGUGAGCAUGUCGAUAUAGUAGAUGGCUUUUCCUUUGUUUCUUUUAAUAGCUUGGAGGAGCUGAAUACAUAUACACAGAAACAGAGGGGAAAAUUAGAUAAGAGACACUGUCCAUGGUUGAAAAGAAAGUUGAAGAGGAGAAAGAAGCUAUUGAAGGCUAAGAAGAAAGGAACUGAAGAAGUGAAGAAUUCAAAUGAAGAAAAAGGAGACCCUUGCAUAUCUAGUGAACAUUCCCAAGAAAGUAGCAGUUUUAACAUUUCUGGAGCAUUUUCAAGCAAUGAUUUGGACACUUACCUGAACAACAAUGCACAUCUCAAUAUAAGCUAUGCCAUACCAAAAUGCAAGACAACAGAAGAGGGAGUCACAAGACUUGGGGAGGAUGAACUGCUGGAAGAUGUUAAACGAGCUGAGCCACCAGUGAGCUUUCCCAACCCAGUGCCAAGUGAGAACCAACCCAGUGAUACAGGCAGCAGUGGAGGAAGUUUACCCACAGGAGAGAUGGAACCUUUGUCACAUGAACAAAUACAUUAUGAAGAAGUUAAUGCUAUUGAUAUCUUGUAUCCAAAAGAAAAAUAUAAAUAUUAUUAUAACAAAGAGUUAUGUAAAGAAACGAAAGCAGAUGGGUCAAAUGUAUUUGUUCGGAGGGCUGGAAAGUUGGUCCCGCUCACAAGUGUUUUCAAGAGUCAGAGAACAUCUUUGUCUGAAUCCAAAAACAAGAAAACAGUAGAGCUUGUAUAUGUUUAUGAUGGAGGGAAGCUUCUCACACUUGGUGGAUCUCUUACAAAAAUUAACCCAUCAAACUCAGACUCAGUCCGUGCCAGAGUGAUAUUGCCAGUUGGUGUGCCACCCAUUGUUAAAGGAGAUGCUGGGCAAACCAAGACAAAGAAGGUACAGGCUGUGGAGAUUAAUGAGGAUCUAGCCAAAUUUGCUUUAUCAGCACUUCAGAAUCCAGAAAGCAAAGAUGUAAAGAUGCCAGAAGAAAAAAAUGAAGCAAAGCCAGAAAUUGAGGAGAAGCCAGGAUUAGUUGAGGAAAAAAUAGAUACAAAAGUUGAUGAACCAAAACAGACAGUUAAAGACAAGUUAAAGGAGCCUCCCAAAAUAACAAAAGUCAUACCGACAAAAAGAAAUAUACUAGACAUCAUUGCUGCAAAGCUUGCAAUGUCUGAUGACGAAAGUGAGGAGAAGGAAGAAGAAAAAGAGGAAAAUCAGCCACCAAGGGAUGAAAGUCUUUUAGUUGGAGGAGAUGGGAAAUUAGUUCAGGAAGAUGCAAAGGAAAGUGUAAUGCUAAAAGAGGAUGAUAAGAGCAACAAAGCAGAAAAUGUUAAGGACUCCAUGACCAAGUCAGAGGAGGAAGAUUCCGAUAUAAAGAAAAGUAAGGAAUCAGACGUUAAAAAGACAGAAAUUGAAAAUAAAGAUGAUUUGAAACCUAGAGUGACUAUGGAUUUUGAUUCCAGUAAAACAAUGGAAGCAACAAAGCAGGAAACUGAAUCAUAUGAACAUGAAAAGGGUAAUGACAAAACAACAGAGAAUAAUGAAAGUGAAAAUAAAUUAUUUGAUUUAUGUUCCACAGGUGAUUCUGAAUAUGGUGUUGAAAAUGAAGUAGCAGGAGAAAAAAAAAUAAGAACAGGUGCUCUGAAUAUACCUUAUAAAGAUGGCAAGACUGAUUCAUGUAUAAGUGAGACUAAAAAGGAUGAAAGUUAUAAACAUACGCCAGCUGCUUUCUCCAGGAAGGACUCACUCCAGGCUCCAAAUCAGAAUACAGGGUCAGCCCGAGACCCUAAAAGUGUAAGAGAGAUCCUUGAUGAUAGGCAGAAAGUUAAAAACCUCAUACCAGUACCAGAAGAAAAAACAGAGAAGAUUGAAACUAGCAAAGAUGAAUACGAAACUCAGAGUUCAAAAAUUGCAAGUGAACAAGCAAAAGCAGAACAGCCAGUAUGUGCUACUGAGGAUAAUGAUAAUAAGACUCGUACCUUCAAAAAGAAUAUGUACAGAUUCCCCUCGCUGUCAAGAGAGAUGAAGCGGCUCAAUAUGAACUUUGUGAAUUACACAAUGGAAGAAACAACCGAAGAUGAUCAUGCAGCAGAUGAGAGUAAGAUAAAAGAUGCUUGCACGCAUGAGCAUUGCUUGCUAGGCUGUAUAUGUGAUACUCUCUCCUGUAGGAGAAGAGACCCAGAGCAUUGUGGCCGUGUGGAGUGCAUGUUUGAGUGCAACUGUCGGGAUGAGAGCUGGAAGCACGCAGUCUCAGGGAUGGGCCGAACUAUGAAUGCUGUCUCCAUAUUCAACUUGGACCGGGAGCAGAAGGAAGGCCUUGCUCUCAGGGAAAAGGACUUCAAGAAAACAGUUAUUCAGACUGGAACAGAAGUGAUCUUAGUGGGAGCAGAGAGGAAAAAGAGGGAACGCAGGAUUCCAGGCCGAUACAGAGAUUCAGCGGUUUGGAUGGGAGGUGAUCUGGUGGACAUGGAUUGCACACCAGUUACUGCAGAGCCUGAGGUGCCACCAGAACCUGAUUAUCCAAGCAUACCUAUAAGUGAAGCACAUAAGUACAUUAAGAAGUUCAAGCUAACUGUUCCUUGGUACAAUGUUAAAGGCAUUAGUGUCUGGUGCAUGGAUCAUGCUUGUUAUGACUGUAAGUGUCUGACUGAGCCUAAUUUUUACACCGAGGAAGUUACAGAAAAGGUAAAUAUGGAGAGAAAAAUGUACAAGACUCCCACGGCCUUAGAUUCCAUAGAAGAGGCACUAAAACAGAAAACAAAUGCCAGCCUUGGGAUAUUGUCGCAACAUGAUUAUGACAGUAUGUUGUGGGAAGGGAGAUGUGUUGUUGUGAAUAUCAAUGUCAACAACACAGAAGCCAAACGGAAGUACAGCUGGAAGUUGAAGGAGUGGUAUCACCCAAAAGGUAUGCAUAGUGCUCGCACGUGUGGUUACUCCAAGAAAAACAUGGUGGAAGAGACAAAGCACUUAACUUUGUCUGGCCUCUCAUCCCAGGAAAGCACACCUGAGCAGGUUGUUGAGAAUGUAGUUAGAUCCUUAAAAGACCCUCGUACUAAGCUGUUUGUACCAGCUUUGGCAAACUUCUCAAGGAGUCCAGAAGGUGCUCCCAGUGGGGAGGAAAAGGAUCCAAAGCCAGGAAAUGUGUCUGUACCAUUAGUAGACCUCACUGCUUCAUGUGUUAGUAAUGAAAGAGUGGAGGGUACUGAAUUGAGCCAUGGUGAAUUGCAAGGUCCAUAUGAGACUGAGGCCUGUGUGGAAGAAAAAGCUAGAAUAGCAUUUAAGAGAAAGUUAAGUGGAUCCUUAGAUAUAUAUGAUGGUCAGGAUACUGAUGCAACUCCUACACCGCAGCCAAAGAAAAUGCAAAAGUCUGGCAUUCGAGAUGUUAAAGAAGAUAGAAAAACUGCACAGUCUAAUAAAGAUGAAACAGAACUGGAAGGAAACAAAUCGACUGCUCUCAAGCAGGUGAAACCCACUCAAAAGCAAGACAAAUUCCCCUACCGGAAACCAGUUUCACUUUUAGAGAUGAUGAUUGCAGAAGAAAAAAGGGGUGAGCUUGAGUUAGACUUAACAGACAACUUCCCAGGGAAUGCAAUGUUGGUUGCUGAGGCUCGGUUCAGAAAACUCAUCAACAUGAACAUUAUUGGGGUUAUUGGUAUAAACAAAUCAGGAAGGUGCAUAAUAGCUACUGUAGACAGUAUUGAGUCAAUGCGAGUGAUGCAGAGAAUUCACAGCAUGAUUAGCAACAAUAACCUUGAUGUGGGACCUAAUAUGCGGGAAUAUUCUUCCUCCACCACACUCUGUUUCACGCCCAAGGUUCGUAAUGAUUAGAUGCGAUGGUAAUGCAAAGUGGGAGAUUGUAGGUGUUGUACAAAAGAAAGGUCCUUACGUCACCACAAAGUCGGCUGAGCAGAAAUCCAAAGCAAAGUCUGGGGUGCCUGUGCCACAAGUUGUUGACUUGGAAGAGGAAGAGAGGCAGA